AUGGGGAUUUGCAGAGAAAAUGAGCAACGAGCGUUGGAGACCUUGAAGAAAGAAGUAGAUGAUCCCUCAAAUAUUCUCUCUUCUUGGGUUGUUGGAAAAGAUUGUUGUGAAUGGGAAGGGGUCCUGUGCAACAAUCUCACUCGUCAUGUGAUUGAGCUAAGCAUUUAUAGUGAUUGGAGUAAUUUCCUUUCAGUGGGAUUGCGAAAUACUUCUUCUUUAUCUACUUUGGGACUAGGCUAUAAUAAACUCACAGGAGCUCUUCCGGAAAGUGUUGGCCAGCUUUCAAUGCUAGAAUUCUUUUUCAUCGAUAACAAUAGGUUGGAAGGUGUUGUAACAGAAAGUCAUUUCUCUAAAUUAACACAAUUACAACUCUUCUCUGCAUCUAGAAAUAAUCUGACUUUAAAAGUGAGUAAGAAUUGGAUUCCACCUUUUCAAGCCACAGACAUUGUAAUAGGCGGCUGGAAUAUAGGCCCUUUGUUUCCCAUGUGGCUCCGAACUCAAAAGCGGAUAAUGAAUGUCGACAUAUCAGAUGGUGGAAUACAAGGUGAGGUUCCAACUUGGUUUUGGAACUUGUCUUCUCAAAUUCGAUUUCUCAAUCUUUCUCAUAACCAAUUUGUUGGUGAGGUUCCAAUCAUCUCGACACCUUCGUGGACGGAUGAACAUGAAGGUCCUUGGACAAUAUACUUGGGUUCCAACAAUUUUAGUGGACCAUUACCCUUGAUUUCAACCAUUGUAACUGAGCUCGAUCUCUCAAACAAUUCUUUUUCCAAAGGUUUAUCUAAUUUUUUGUGUGAAACAAAGAAUGGAUCUUACAAAUUGGAGAUCUUAAAUCUCGGGGGAAAUGAUUUAUCAGAAGAAAUUCCUGAUUGUUGGAUGAAUUGGCCAAAGUUGACGGUUUUAAUCUUGAGGGACAAUAAUUUGAUUGGAAGCUUACCAAGAUCUAUGGAGGUUUUGAGAGUUCUGAUAGAGAGUGCAAUGGUGACGACUAAAGGCAACAUGUACCAGUAUGACACAAUUUUGGCGUUGUUUACGAGUAUGGAUAUGUCUAGUAAUAAUCUUUCUGGAGAUAUUCCUAUAAGUAUAACACGUCUUGCAGGAUUAAGAUCAUUUAAUCUUUCCAAAAAUAACCUAACUGGUAGGAUUCCAAACGACAUUGGUGACAUGAAAGUCUUGGAAUCUGUUGAUCUUUCAGAAAAUCAACUUUAUGGUCAAAUUCCACAAAGUUUUUCGAGUUUGACCACUUUGAGCUACUUGAAUCUAUCUGAUAACAAUUUGUCAGGUAUGAUACCGUUGAGCACUCAACUUCAAAGCUUUAUUUCCACGAGUUUUCAAGGAAACAAACUCUGCGGACUUCCACUCUUGGUGAAUUGUAGUUCAGAUGACAAUAUUCCAAAUCACGAAUAUGAAGUUGAUGAGAGUGACAAAGAUGAAGUGGAUUGGUUUUACAUUUCAAUGGCUAUUGGAUUCGCACUAAGCUUUUGGGGUGUUUGUGGUUCAUUGCUUUUCAAGAGAUCAUGGAGACAUGCUUAUUUUCGUUUUCUAGACUGUAGCUGGAAAAUGUUACUUGCAAAGUUACCAAUAUGUUGA